AACACGUGCUUUUUUUUGUGCUGACCUUUUCAUCGCAAUUAUCAGGGUCCAUUUGAUUAUUUUAACAAAAACAAGAGUUUCAAGUAAAUCGUGAAGAUGCCGCGCGUCAUUCGCGAUUCUGACGAGGAAAUCGAGACUAAAAGCUCUAUUCGAAAAACAAGAGCCACAUCUGUGAGUAUCACAGAUUCUCCAGCACGUAGAUCUACAAGAAGCAACAAACAACUUAUGGUGAUUGAAUCAUCACCAGAAUCACUAGAUGACAGCAACACCCGACCCAGAGUUCGUACCACUCGCAGUAGGGCUGCUACUCUAGAUAAAUCAGCCACAGCCAUCACAGCAAAAAAUUUAAGAUCUAGAAAGAACUCUGCAUCAUCUAAUCUAAGUGAAACAAUUGAUUUGGAAACAGAAACAAUACAAAAAAGAUUAACUCGUAAGGCUGCAGCUACAGCAACUGUUGCUGCUAGUACUCCUACCAAAACAAAUCUGAGAUCUCGCAAUUUAAGAGCUGGUUCUGAAGUAAAAUCAACCCCUCCACCAAUAACUAGAAGUACUCGUGUUACUAGAGCAAGUUCAGUUGACCCAAUUAAUACACCCAAUGAAUUCAUCGGAACUCCAAGUAAUAGGAAACGCACUAGGACUUCUGUAGUACCAGUGGAACAGACAGUAAAAGAAGAAGAAGUUGAAAAUGAAACUGGUGAAAGUUCGAAUAAUACUAUUGUGGAAAUUGAUGGAGACUCAGGCACAGAAAAUGAAUCAGUUUCUACCAAAAACAAAACUAAGAAAAAAGUAACAAAGAACAGGAAAGAAAUAGGAAAAGAUAAUAACACUGAGCAAUCAAACUUGGAUACAUCUAAAACAAAUGAAGAAAACAUGACUGACAAAUUGUGUACAACCAAUGACUCAAAUGGAAAUCCAACAUUAAAAGCACUAACAACGUACUCCAAAACUUCCAAGCUAGCAUCUUUUGAAUCUAGAGAAACAGAAAACUCUGAAAAAAUUAAUCAAAUAAUUACUUCUGAAUCUUUAGUUUUGUUACCGGAACAAAACAUGAUAAAAUCUGAUGAAUUACAUUCAAAUAGUAAUGAAAAUAAUUGUUUAGUGAAAAGUAAAAUUGAUAUUAAUGAUGAUGAAUGUGAACAGAUUGAUGUUGAGAAUUUAACUUUAACUGAUGAUUCUAUUGAUGUAGUUAAUAGUCCAAACAAAGUUGAUACUCAAGACACUUUAACUUUGGAUAUAAAGGAUCCUUAUGUAAAAUUGAAACGAACUAAUUUAGUUGAAAAAAUAGUUAGUGAAAAAUUAGAGGAAUAUCAAAAUAAUAAUAAAUUAACUGAAGAAUUGAAUGAGAGCGAUAGUGUCAGUCAAAACAACACAAUAACAGACGCAAAAACUGCGGUAAUUCUAGUAAAUGACUUAGUUAAUAGUAAUGAAUAUUGUAAUAUCAUAAAAGAUCAACAACUUUUUGAUUCGGGUUUGAGUCUUGAUAAUAGAGAAGAUAAUAAUUUGAAUACUUUUAUGCAUAACAGUGAUGAUCAUAUUAUAUCAAUUGAUGGUGAUGAUGAAAUUAUGAGUUUAAAAUUGUCAAGUCCUGGUGAAAAAGAAAUACAGAAUAACGAGUUAAUUGUCGAAGUUUUACCUGAUAAUGAAAAAGAUUAUUUUGAUAAAAUUACUGAUAAAUCUGUUAAGAACGUGAAUAAUAAUGUGGUUGAUAAUUUUUGUUCUGAAAAGUUGAAUGUUUAUUUGAAAGAAAAUGUACAUCAAAGUAAAACAAAGUCUGAAAAUUUGUCAGGAGAAAAAAAUGAUAAUGUAGGAAAUUGUGGUGCAUCAAAUGUUGUACAGAAUAAUGCAACUGAAGUAGCUAGUGAAACUGAAGACAAAUUAAUUUCUGGAAAUAAUAGUAAAGUAGACUUUUUUGAAAUGAUAAAUGCUUCAUGUGAUAAUUUAGUUAUUUCGAAUUCUUUACACGAAAAAGGUAGGCACAAUGAUUCGGUUUCCAUGGUUGUAGAUAACGAUACGAUUGUUUCUGUAAAUGUAAGUUCUUCGAUAGUCAAAACGAAUUUAACAGCUACUACAUCCAAGGAUGUCGAAAGCAACGAAGCUGUACAAUCUGCAAUAGAAAAUGUAAAUGACAGUAAGAACUUCAACGAUAGCACGCACGAAAAUUAUAUCGAAAAAAAUGAUUCUAUAAGUAUAAAUAGAUUUAAAGCAGAACAAAGCAAUAUAGUAACUGACACAAAUGAGCAGUUAGAACUAAUGGACCCAUCAGAGUCUAAAACAAAUUCUAAAGAAAAUGAUGUUACUGCAAACCCUUGUGUUUUUAAUGAAACUAGUUCUAAUGAAAUUGAGUUAAAAAUGACAGAGGAUAAAAACGGUAUACCUUAUGCUGUUACAGACGCUGAUGGAGAUAAUGCGUCUUCGCCAAUGGAAGAGGAGAAAACGCACGAAACUAGCACAGAUACAUCUACGAAAUCCACUGAAAAAAGCAAAAGAAAAUCUCAAACGCGGGUUAUCGACAGCGAUCUGGACGAGAGUACGGAAAAUUUGUUCCAAGACAUCCCGGCUGAAGAAUGGUCUAAAGAGCAGUCGGAGAGAAAAUCAAACAUGUUUUAUAAAACAAACGAAGUUGGGAAUUCAUUUAAUGAGGACAAUUCUCUCGUUAAGGUAUCUGACAAUGGAAAGGACGACAGGAACAAAAGCGACAAAUGCAACAAGUCUGUCGACGAGAAUGAAAUUAAGAAGUCGCUGGUAGAGAUUACCAACGUAGCUGAUGAAACGGAAAAUCAAGAAGUAGAUCUAUUGCUUUCAAAACAGGCCGGAAAGUCUUUGGAAAACAAACGCGAAAGCAUCCAAAGUUCCGAUUCUGUCAUUCAAGAUAAGACAGUCGUUCAAAAUGAUGCCAAGAAAAACGACAAUGGUAUGGACGAAUCGUUUUCUAAGAGUCGUCGUUCAUCGUUACAAAAUAAAAAUGAUAGUGUUGCUGAAAAAUUAUCAAAAUCAUUAGCAGACCGUAAGUCUAUGAACCGAAGUAUAGAAUCUUACAAAAUGGAAACUCAACAAUUAUUUGAAUCUUUGUUUAAUGAUUUCCGAAGAACGGACGAAAGUAUAACGGAUUCUUUCGACAUUGUUGUAAAUACGUCGAAAAAACAAUCAUUGCGUGAUAUUCCACAAUCAACUGCUAAGGAACAAAUAGAUAAAAAUUCAGAAUCAGAAGUAAUGGCAGUCGAUGAAGCCAAAAACAGGGAAUGUGGAAUGAAUAGAUUCAAUGAUUUUUCAAGCAAAAGUUAUAAAUCUCCAAUGAAAAAUGAUAAUAUUGCUGAGAAAUCAGCAGUUCCGUUAAACACUUCUAAUAUAUCGAAGCGUUUGUCACUAGAUAAAUCGUUAAAUAAAUUUUCUCGUAAAUCAUUUAUUGAUCAAAUGCAAGAAGGAAAAAUAGUUAGCAACGAUAAAAUUGGAAUUGAUUUCAAUAAGAGCAUGAAUGAAAUUGUCAAUAAAUCAUCGUCUGAGUGUCAGUACCGUCUCAAUAGUUCACUCAGUAAUUGUUUUCAUCAGACAGAUAAAAUGAACGAAUAUCAAAAAAUAAAACGGUCAUCUGAAGGGUCAUAUAAAUCGAGUAUUAAUUCAUUAUUUCAAACACAAAAUGAAAAAGAACCUAAAAGCAGAGAAAUAGAAGUUGAUGUGGCCAGUGACAAAUCGCCAAAUAAAUCACGAAAAUACUUUGAUGAGUCAUUUAGCAACAAUGCGCAUAAUAACAACGGAAAAGUCUUGGCUAAUGCACAAAUGAAAAUUUCGUUCAACAAUGGAGAUGAAUCACAGGAAAAAAAAUGUAAUAAAAAGUCUCUCAAGCAGUCGUUUAAUUCAUCUGACGAUAUAGUUGAUGAUGACUUGAAAUUAGAAGUAGAGUCUAGCAAAAAUGACAAGAAAAGAAACAAAUCCACUGGUAAAUCUCCAAAAAUAUCUUUAAAAUCUCCCAUUAAAGCUUUCAGCGUCCAAGAUGUAGAAAAUCUUGAAGAUUCAAUGAAUGAAGGCAGCUUCAAGAAAAAAAAGAAACAAGAUGUUAACUCUGCGCCGUCUGUUCUAGAUCAUUCUCUACAAAAGAGUAUCGAACGCAUGAAAUUUGCAAAUCCGCCAAAACAUGAGAUUUCCACAGUCGUCCAAGUUAACUCAAGUUCAGAAAAUUCAGAUACUGAUGACAGUCGAAUUCCAAAUUUCAUGUUCAAAUUGAGCGACACAGAAGAAACUAAGGAUUCCUCUGAUGAAGAGGGACUAAAAGAUAAUGACAUCGAUUCAGAUAUUGAAAGAGAAUACAAUCUUCGAGGUGACAGCAUCACCAAAUAUUCUGACGAUGACGUACCUGGAGAUGACUGCCGGGCUUCCGAAGAGGAAUUUUCAGAUAGUGAAGAUGAUGGUGCUGAUCUUCGAGAUUUUGUCGUUCCCGACGAAGAAAUAGAAGAUGAUGAAAGUGAAGAUGAGGAUGACGAGGAGGAAAAGGAGGAGGCGGAAGAGAACGAGGAUGACGGAGAUGCGGAUGGAGAUGAAAAUGAAAAAGUGGAUGUAGAUGAAGAUGAAAGUGAAGAUGAAGAUAGAUUAAAAGAUGAAAACGAGGAUGCGGAAAUCAGAGAUUCGAAAGUAAAGAAAAUUAAGCACAAUAUCAGUUUACAGUCUACAAUGAAAAAUGCAAGCGCUUGUCUGCAAAAAUUGGGCUUCUCUCAGAGUUCAGGAUCUGAAUCGGACGAUGAGGCAACGGAGAAUGAAAACAAGCAUGCUAAAAAACGUUUCGAUAAUACUGAGAAAUUCCUGCAAGAUUCGAAAACAACCAAAGAAAAAAAUACCAGUUUGCAAAAGAAAGAAAAGAACAUAAACAAAAGUUCGAAACCAAUAAAGAGUAGUGUAUCUAUUGGUUCUGAAUUUGACAAUGAAGGUCAAACAAAAUCUAAAAAUAGAAGCAUAAACGUUUCUGUAAAGAAUAAAAGCUUGAAUUCAUCAAAACAUAUUAAAGAUAAGAGCGCUAAGAGAAAUAGCGAUAGAAGUGCCAAAAACUCUAAGUCCGGUAAAAAUAAAAGUGUCCACAUAGAGGAUAACGAUAAGACUGAUUCUUCGAGCAACGAGUCGGAUUAUUAUAAAGUAGAUAAAAGUGAAAGCAAAGAAAUUACUUCUUCGUUGGAAGCGGAAUCCGAAAUGGAGGAAGGCGAAGACUCUUAUCGUAUUGUAAACCUCGAAUCGAGAGACUUAAGUUUAUUAAAGCCUAAGAAUAAGAAGUUCAUCGAUUGCAGUACACCCAAAUCAGCAGCCGCAAUAAAAGCCAAUUCUUCAACAAAUAAUCUGUCUAUCUCAACAUCGAGGCGUAAAUCUGGAAGUUUGAGCAAUCUCAGCGACACCAAGAUGAUAUCCAGUAGGUUGAGCAUUGGCGAACAGAUCUCCAAGUCCAUCAAAGUUGGUGAUACCUCGAUGAAAUUAAAAGACGAUGUCGAAAUUUUCGCUACACCUGAAACUGUCACCAAGACUCGACAGGCAUGGAAGUUAAUUCCCCUCAACCACACUGCAUAUCCUGUUGUCGAAGAUACGCCAGGCACUAAGUUUCUCAAGAAGGUUAAGCUCAACGACUCUGUCCCUGUGCUGCAAUCAAUCAAAAGCCGCGAUCUAUUAUCGGCAACUAAGAAAAACAAGAAAAAUAAGGAACAGGAAGUCGAGUUAGAAGCAGUUGUGUCGAAGGAACGUAAAAAAUCAAAAAAACGCAAGUUAUUGGAUAUGUCGAAUGUGCCGUCAGUCGAUGAGGAUAGUAUUUUAAAGGUUUCAAAGGAAAACAAAAAACGCGCUCGAUUCGACAACUCGACAAUGUCGGCAGUCAAGCAGGAAGAACAGAUCGAAAGUAUCGAUCGCAACAACAAAAUUAAGAGCAAGAAACUGCACAGAAAACAAGUUAUAGAUAUUAAGAGAAUUGAGGAAGUACCUAAAAGUAAAAAAAAGAAGAGUAAAAUUACAGAGAUAGCAGUGGAUAAAAUGGUUAAGGAGGAAAAUACUCCAGAAGAAAAACUAAUGAAGAAGAGUAAAAAAAAAUCGUUAAACCUGCAAAAAGCUGACGAGGAAGACAAGCGUCUAGAGUCAGAAAAGUUUAAAAAGAAAAAGCUCCGAGAUGCCGAAGAUAAACAGCAAUUCGACCGUCUAGAGUCGAAAAAUAAGAGCAAGAAGCGGGUUAUAAAUAGUUUUGGUGAUAAAACAUACGGAAGCUUCGAAGAAGAUUCCUACCGCGUUUCGAAUGAAAUUGAAACCACGAAGGAGUCGCUCAAGAAGAAACAAAAAGAUCACAUUGAUUACACACGAAAGGAAAAGCAACUAAAGAGCUUGAAGCGCCUACCGGAGGACGUCCUUGACAACUUAACGGACGAGCCUCUUCGUCAACCAAACAAACGACAAAAGCUUUCGCGCAAUAAAGAGCGCAGUCUCAUUAUGCCCUCGAAGUCUAUGUUCAGUCCGGGCAAAAUUACUCCAGAGAACCUUCGCGUAGAUGACGGUUAUAUCCCGCUAAGCUCCACAGGCGGCACCACUCAAUUUGCAGUCAUCAACCUGCAAAAAGCAAAGAAAGUUGCAAAAAAAAAUGCUGCAGUACUCAACUUUAGAGAAAAAAUGCUUGCCAGAAAUGCGCGAAUGCCCACCGUUAUGUAUCUUUCGUAUCUAAAGAAGCAAAAGGAUAAGAUUAACAAAUGAGCAGCAGAUCCGCUUGACAGUUUCAAUGAUUAAAUUUAGCUAUCGAUUUUUUCUUAUUUUAUAAUGUGAGUCGAUUUUCCUUAUUUAUUUUUUAUCACUUUCUUUCUCUUGUUUACGUAAAGCAUUUAUGUUUCAAAACUUAGAAUCAACACUUUGAUGUUGGAUUCUUGAUAAUAAUAAUACCAACAAGUUUAUAAGUUCACAAUGAUUUUAUCAAUAUUACUAAACUACUAUAAUACAGAUUUUGUGAAUUGUUAAUUUCUUGAGAUAAAUGUCACGACCAAUUUAUCGAUAAGUAGCUAAUGUAAUUGUCAAAAGAAUUUUAUAAUGUUGCGCAAGUAUGAUAUGUAAAUUUAAAAGUAGAUAAAAAAUUAAGUUUAUAUUGUUGGUGUCCCAAUUGUCCAGACUUUUACUUGAAGAAAGAACGUUAUGUUUUACAUCAUGACGAAGUAUAUGUAACGCCAUUAGCCAAUGCGAUACAACACUGUUAAUUUGUUAAAUUUGCGAAGUUACUUUUAAAAUAUACCAAAUUACAUAAUUAUAUUACUGAACCAGUGUUUCUUACUGUAUAACUGAAAAAAAUAGAUAUAUAAUUUGCCUCAAUUGAUCUUGCAGUAGUGUAUCAGUAAUAUAAAGUAAGCAAUGAAUUACAAUUAAUUAUACUUCAUGGCAUGGGACUACAAUAAUGUAUAUGCUGUAGACAACUUGCUUGAAGCGAAUCUAUUUUAUUACAGAAUUAUUUUUCUAUAAUGACAAACUUUGUACACAAAACUACAAUAAACAAUUUGUUAAGUUUACGUGUAUUUGAUACUAAUGAUUGUAGAGAUAUUGUAAAUCUAUUCUACGUUAUUUGCAAUAUAAUUACUGUAUACAAUAGUUUAAUAAACAUUAGUAAGAUGUCAACGAUACAUGUCUUUAAAUUUCUUUUAAUUGAUUACUGCUACUUUCAUCGAUUAAACCCGAAAUAAAUGGAAAUGUAGGCGAGGUGUUGGAAUUAAUUUUAAAUGUAAUUUAAAUUAUUUCUAAAUGAUUCUUGCUGUUAUGACAAGUUAAACAAUUAAAAA